AUGUCAACACUCAAAAGAAGAUUAAGAUUUCUUGGAUUAUUCCGGAGAAAAAAAUAUGCUGAUCUAUUAGAGGUUGCCGUGUUUAUCUUACAACAGCAAGAAACUUCAGGAAAGCUUCGCGGUUAUCGAUGGAUGCACUUAAAAUGUAUACAAUCUGGACUUAACAUUCCUAGGGAUACUGUCAGUCAGUUGAUGAAAAUUAUAGAUCCCGACGGAGUCAAGUGUAGACUAAGCAGAAAAUUGAGACGUCGACAAUACGCAAGUCCAGGACCUAAUUUUGCUUGGCACAUAGACUCUUACGACAAAUUAAAGCCAUAUGGCAUCGCAAUAAACUGGUGUAUAGACGGCUUUUUAAGGUACAUGGUUUGGUUAGAAGCAGGGACUACUAACAAUGAUCCUAAAGUAAUUUCAAAUUAUUGUAUUAAGGCAGUAAAAGAGAAAGCAGGAUGUCCCCAAAGAGUUAGAUUUGAUUUCGGAACUGAAAAUGUAUACGUAGCGAACAUGCAGAAGUUUUUACGUCGUAACCACAAUGAUGAAUUUGCCGGUGAUAAAAGUUACCUGUCCGGGAAAAGCACACAUAACCAAAGAAUUGAAUGGUUUUGGAGUAUACUUAGAAAGCAGAUGGUACAAUAUUACAUGGAUCUUUUUGCAGAUCUUUGCAAAGAUGGACAUGAUAUGUUUUGUGGAGACUUCGUUGACAAGAGUGUUAUUCAGUUUUGCUUUAUGGAUAUAAUUCAGAUGAUCUUCGGUGCACUUGGAAUACACAUACUAUGCAGAAAAAAACCUGGCAAUGGAAGUGGCAAACGACCUAUUUUACUGUAUAGUAUACCACAUAUCUACAAUGCAGAGGAUCGCUUAUAUUCAACAGACGAGAUGGAAGUCCUUGUGUGCGAGGGAGAAACGACACCAAAAAAGAUGUGUGAUGAAACUUAUGACGGCACAUGUUGA